AUGGCGUGGGAAACGGUUGUGUGGAUUGCGGCAGCGACCAGUCUGCUACCCAGCAUACAGGCCACCUCGGAGAUCAUGAAGGACGUCACUCUUGGCUUUGGCGAAGCACUGCAACAUUGCAGGGAAGAAAGCCAGCUGACUGAGGACCAGAUGGAAGAGUUCUUUCACUUCUGGCGCGACGACUUCAAGUUCGAGGACCGUGAGGUGGGCUGUGCCAUCCAGUGCAUGAGCCGCUACUUCAACCUGCUCACCGACUCGCACCGCAUACACCACGAAAACACAGACGAGUUUAUUAAGUCUUUCCCAAACGGCGAACAGCUCUCCAAACAAAUGAUUGAAAUAAUCCACUCAUGCGAGAAAGUGCACGACGCGGAACCGGACCACUGCUGGCGCAUCCUGCGCGUCGCCGAGUGCUUCAAGGCCAGCUGCCAGGAGCGCAACAUCGCGCCCACCAUGGAAAUGCUGAUGGCUGAGCUGAUCAUGGAGUCAAUUGCACGAUGA